GACAUUGCCAAAAAAUGGAAAAUCCCGGAAGAUGCUCGGCAGACUUCGGUCACCGUUUCUGCUCUUCGCCUCGUGUAUCGGGAGGUAAAAAUGAUAAAUGAUUUGAAUGAGGAGGCAGCGAAGCAGUUUGUGACAUUGCUGGAAACACUUUAGAAAUGCAAACAAGUGAGGUAUAAGUAUGGGUAUUCCAGGUCUAACCACAUUUAUUGAUAAUAAUCUCCACCUGUUGGAAAGGUUUGAGCUUCACGACUCAAAACUGAUAAUUGAUGGAAAUAACCUGUACCAUCUCUUGUUCUAUGACCACAGGAUUGACUACGUACAUGGUGGGGAUUAUGACAAAUUUGCAAACCAUACUCGCCAUUUUUUUCUCAUGCUGAAAGAAUGUAACAUCCAGCCAUAUGUAAUCUUUGAUGGGGGAUAUGACAUUGAUGAGAAAAAGCUAAACACUGCCUUGGAGAGAUCUCGACAGCGGUGUCACCUUGCAGGGUUUAUUUCACAUGGAGGAAAAGGCAAAAUCAUGCCAGUCUUGGCUUAUGAAGCAUUCCGCCGUACACUUCUUGACCUUGGAGUUCCUCACUGUGUUUGUGACUUUGAAGCAGAUGACCAAAUAGCUGUACUAGCCAAUGAAUUCAAUGCCCCAGUUUUGAGUUUCGACAGUGACUUUUACAUUUUUGACUUAAAGGCUGGGUACAUUCCAUUCGACGGUGUGAAUUUUGUCUCAGCAGAGUCCGAGGACAAACAGUACAAGUAUUUGCCUUGUUGUAUCUACUACACAAAAAAUCUCACGAAACAUUUCCCUGACCUUGGGAAAUCUGUUCUGCCGUUGAUUGCAACAAUGUUAGGAAAUGACUUUGUAGAGCAUUGGGUAUUUCAAGAUUUCUUCCAAAAGCUUAGUACACCAAAGAAGUGUAGCUUCAAAUUUGACAUUCCAAUUGCUCAUACGAAGAUGAGAUCCUUAUUUCAUUGGCUGGAUAGUGUAAAAUGUCUGGAAAGUGGUAUAGAAAAAGUUUUGUCUUGUUUCAAAGAUGAAAGGCUUGUUAAAGUUGAACAAGUGAUGAAAAUGUCUCUCAAAGCAUAUUCAAGUACUGAGCAAUAUUCUAGAGUGAACUUAAGGCUGCUGCUGGAGGGAUCAUCGCAGGAUGUUGAAGAUCAGUGUCACAAAUGUGAGUCAGAACUACCAGUUUGGUUUCGUUGCUCAUUUUGGAAGGGAGAAAUAGCACAAUUCUGUCAAAAUGUUGUGAUGCUGCAACGUGUCAUUUUGAAUUGUCAAGUUGAAGACAUGAAUGCACCAUCUGCCACAAACUGUUGUCAAAGCAUUCGAAGUGUGAUUUAUAGAAUAUUGACCUCUAGGAAAGAGCCAGAUGGUGGAAAUACAGGUAAAACUUCUGUACCAGGCUCGGUGAUGCCGGAUCAUGUCACAGAAUGUACAAGAGAAAUAAAGAACAUGCGUAAGUUUAAAGUCGAACCAACAUUGACACUGCCAGAGUUUGGUGUUAUACCAUGUCUCGCAGAUAUACCUACUAUGGAAAAGGAUGAAAGGAUUUCUUUACUCUUCGCUGUGCUUGAUCUUUCUGGUUCAAGAGUGUUGGAAUUUCCAGAAGAACUACAACUGACAAUGGCUGUGCUAAUUUAUUGGAUCCGAAAAUCUGAUCCUCAUGUGACUGUAAAUCAGGUCAGGGCUAUGAUACAUGUAUCAUUGCCAUGGAAACAUGUAGAUGCCAAGAGCAGGCAGUUCUUGCACAACCCGGGCCAGAGGCAAGUGAACUCGAAAAAAUUAUCACUAGAUCUUCAUCAGGACAAAGUAGAAAAAUUUCUUCAAAAUUUACGAAAGUAUUUCAACAAGUUGGAACACUCCAAGAAGCAUCCAGUUGAUGUGAAGAUAAUUCAUGGUUUCUCUCAGUUUCAAGCCUGUUUUCUAUACACAAUGAUUCUGAAUCAGAUUCUCCAGAAACCUUUACACAGUCCAAACCCUGCUUCCAUAUUCAAUGGAUCGUUUCUGUACAGUUUCACCAAAAGUCUCGACAGUCGGCCUAACAUCCAUCUGUACAUCCCAGAACUGUUCGUCAAACACUCCCCGAUUCUAGAUUACUAUAACAAUCUGUACCAGGCAGUUAUGGACCAUGUUGGAGAGUCACAUUUUCAUAGUUCAUCUGUUAAGCCAGGAAAAAAGCAGAAACGAGACAGAAAGAAGAGGGCACACAAGAUAGAUGAAUCACCUGAUAACUUUGUGAUGGAGGAGGGUAGUGACCCUGUUAUGGAAGUCCAGGUUGCCUGUGAUGUGUCUAACCGCUUUAGUGCCUUCGGUCUACUAGAGAAAUAAAGGAUAUAUGGUAUUUUUAUCAUUACUGUUUGACAUUUUGAGGUAUUAUUGCAGUUUGAGGUACAUGUAUCAAAUUGAAAAGAAAAAAAACUCAAAAUUCAUUUGAUUUGAAUAAUCAACAAUAUUUGUGAAAUUGCACUAUUCAGUAUUUCCAGAAAAAACCUUCAUCUUUAAUUUCAACCUCAAGAAAAAACAAAUAAAUGGUGUCUAAUGAAAACUGAUGCUUCAGAAGCAGAGGUUAUUUAUAUAAAUCCAGUCAGGUGAUCACUUGAAAUGAUUGAUUUAUUUAUAAACUUACCUAGGCCUGUUAAUUAUAUAUAAGUAGCAUUCAACUUUUUGAAUGUCGCGUGUUUACCUCCCCUGAGAAUAAACAAUAUUUGUCAAUUAAAUGAUUUUUUGUCAAAAGACAGUCUUAUAGAAAGUCAGGAAUGGAAGUUUAUAUAUUUGAAAGAAUUUUCUAAUGUGAGUAUACAUUCUAUGAAGUUUUUUUUAACUUUUAUUUGUUUAUGAAGAAUUGUUAGAAAUAUUUCAAAUUUUGUGUAUUUAAUCAACAAAUGCAGCAUACAUAUUUGUAAAAACACUAAGUUAAAAGGCAUUGAUGAAGAUUGUUGAUAAAACUGCAUACUUGAGUGAAUUCUAAAACUGUUCAGUUUUGUGGAACUUUAAUGUAAAAUUGAUGUUGGAUUGAAAAAAAAGAACAUUGAUUAAGUAA